GACCUUCAACACAGUCCCAUCACCUGCCAAAAAAUCCACCAUCCCUUCCCACCCAUCAGAUUCCAUACCUCGCUUAGCUUAACAUGCCCCACCGCAAAAGAAAGUGACCAUAGUCAAUAAAAGUCUCAGCACACAUUCGCGCCAUUCAGUUAACCUUGAAAGCGGCCGAAAGACGGCCAUAUGUAAAUAAAAAAAAUAAAAAUAAAAAAACAAAAAAGCGGGAAAGAAAAAAACAUGGCGUCGAAAUUAUUAUUUUUAUCGAUACUUUUGCUGUUUUCUACGCAAGUUCAAAGUGUUACUUUGUUAGAAAAAGGCUAUGAUUAUUUUGUGAAUUUAGGCAAGAGUUUGGCACCGAAUUUGUUGUCCAUGUUGGAGUGUGUGGGUCAGAAUGAAGCAUGGGAAUGUGCUAGGGAAAAGGCGGGGAAGAUGUUAGACGGAUUCGAAGAAGAAGUGGAGAAGGAACGGAGAAGUUGGGAAGAGGCAGCUGAUGCUGAGAUCAGGACUUCAGGCCGCUCCAUGGAGGAGAUGCCUUCAGCUAUCGGCCGGGAGAUCACCGACUCCAUAGGCAGCGUGUUGGAACGAGGGAUGGCUAGAGCACUCGGCAAAAAACACGACAGCGGCGGCGGCAUAGACAGCAUCACAAUCUCAACAGGCGGAGACAAAAAGAAAAUGAAGAAGAAGAAGACCAAACCCCCUAAGAUCCACCUCAUCCACCCGGUCAUGAUGCCUCUUCGGAAAGCUCCGAAAGAAGAGAAAGGUCGUUCCUUCGGCCCUGGAGUGCAAUCCUGGGUGAUUGGCGAAAGGGCUUUGCCAGUGCCGGAGAAUGCAACAGAAGUGGCGAGAAGCAUGUUGGAUGAUGUGUGGGCUGUGGGAGAGAAGGCCCUAGAUUCUUUGGCUGAGCAUGCAAUGAAGAAUGAAGAAUUGGAGAACGGGGUUAAGGAUAGGAGCUCGGUUGAAGAACAAAGAGGCAAGAAGAAGAAGAAAAAGAAGGCUAUUCUGAAACUGUUGAUCCUGGGAGCUGUUCUUAAAGCCAAGAUCGGGACGUUGCUGCAAAUCCUGACCUUCAAAUUGCAGGUGAAAUUCUUCAUCGUGGCUGUGUUGGGCUUGGCCAUCAACCUGGCUAGACUCUGGAUAGACUUGAAGAACAAGCAUAGCCAGCAACCACAGAAGAUAAUCUACUACGAACAUGCUCAACACCAGCAUCACUACGACCACGAAGAGGAGGAGCACGGCUGGGGACCCUGGUCCAGGAGUAUACUGCCGGAUGACGAGGAAACGGAAGUGGACGCCAGUGAGAUCUCACCUUACAAAGCUCAAGAAAGAAACCCGCUGGCCUAUCCCCGUCCUUAUCUAACGCGAGUGUAAAGUAACUCCUUCUCUUUCACUCCAGUCAUAGAUUAAGAACUUGAUAUAUUAAUGCGACACUGAU